UGUCAAAUUUGAACAGUCUACUAUAAACACGAAGAUAGCUAGUCAGUUUUACAGACGAUGGCAUUUCGUUGAGUUUAGCUUGGUUUUUGAUGUAAAUAUGAAUACGUUACCUGUUGGAAUACUAAUGUUUCUACACUUUCUCUGUAUUUUAAAUUGCCUUUAUUACUGCCAUGGAAAAUCAGUGCAUUGCAACGAAGUGCAGACCAAUACAUUCGGGAACUUUUAUUUUUACUACAGCUCAGCUGUAAGACGCAGUGGAACGUGUUCGUGGCAGUUUACCCCACCAACUUUAACUAAAGAUUACAUACUGCUUAUCAAUUUUAACUUUCUUAGAAGCUAUACACUAACGCCAGCGACUGUGAUGUUACCAGACGGCAUUACAAUGCUAACAAGUGUCAGCAUUCAUCAAAACCAGAUUCCCAAGAAGGAAUGUUAUUUAUUUGCUCGAAAUAAUUCCCCAUGUAAUUCCUCGGCGGUUACGAAUUUCGAGUGUGGUCCAAACAUACAACACAGUUUGGUAUGGCCACCACGUAUGGAUCUGACGUCAUCGUUUUUCGUCCAAAUGAGCAUGACGUAUCUGUUCGUUGAGUGCCCGAUAAAGAACGCGGCUACAAUUGUACCGAGUAUCAUCGUGACAUCAUCACCGUCUAUUUUAGAUACUUCGCCAGCCAUUGACACUAAUAAGACUGCAGGACCGUUCACAUAUCCUAAUUUCACAAUGCCCUUCACAGAAAGACGGUUAAGGAAACAGCUCACAGAAACCUCAACAAAAUACACGAUUGCUUUGGCAGUAGCGGUGGUACUGGCGACACUAUUAAUCUGCCUUUUACUUGGAUUUUACUUUUUAAAUUUCAGGAAAAAAACGCCGGUCGUACAAAACGAACAAGUUCCGGAAAACGUUUAUUUGACGCCUAUAGAAAACAAUCCCACGGCUUCAGAAAAUCGGCGGAACAAUUUGAACAAUGUUUACGAAACGGUGAAUGCUCUUCCAGCAGAACCAGCGGAACCAGCGGUCAUAAAUGGGGAAGAACCCGUUUUAAGAACUAAUGAACUUUACUUUGUUCGCGAAGAAGACGCGUAGUUAUACAGGUUGUAUUUCUUAUAGGUCAAAUCUUAGUUUAUGCACUGUUUUAUCAAAUAGCUUUUUAUAUCAACAAUUCUUUUGUCAUGAUUUUGAACAUCAUAAAAUCGACGGUCACAUAAUAUUUGGAAUAAUUGGACCAUGGUCUACUAAAGAUAUCUUUGGUAAAGAUAGGACUAAAGAUAUCAUUAGUAGGCCAUGACUGAACUAGUAUACCCUAUCUUACAACUGCUGUGUUUGUCCUAUAGAGCGACUGUAAUGAGACAUUACAUUACCCAAGCACGUGGCAAAAUAUGUGUCUGUCGUUUACACCGUUUUGUAUUUUUUACGAAUAUAUACAUUUUGAUCU